AGCGUCGAUACUAUCAAUUGCCGGCAAUCUUGCACAAAAAUCUCAUUUAAUCUGUUUUUUAUGAUCUUUUGUGAAUCAACAACCCAUCAGGUACGUAGAUAUUUCAUUAUUCUACUGAAAUAUAAGCUUAUUACAAAUACGUUUGAUUGCAAUAUCCUAAUCGAAGUGCUUUUUUAUUACGAGGUUACUAAAUUUAACCAUUCAAUCAUGACGUCACGUGAAGCGUCUUGAAUACAAUUUAGUCUUAAAUAGUAAAGUUAAUCAAUUUUAAAGCCUGUUACUAAACAAAAAGUUUAUAUUUUUAAAACAAUUAUGUUAAUGUAAUAGUAAACGUGUGUAGGGAUUUUAAAUAAUUAAUUUUUUUUUAUUUUGAGAAGUAAAUUGGAUUAGGCGUUGAGGCGCUCCAUGGGACCCCGUGUUGGUGUUUUCCAUGCAUAAAUUAUGGCGUCACAUGUAGCGUCUAAUACGAGUUCAGGAUUUAUUAAGUUUUCUGUAUUCAUGGAAAGUUUCAAUUAAGAUUAAAUGAUUUUAAUAUAUUGUUAUAACUCUGCCAUGCGCACUGCCAUCCAGGCUAGUGCUAGAAGGUGCGCACUGUGAUAGACUAGACCUAAAAGGAUGUCAACAUUAGGAAGACACUAGAACGGAGAGAAGAACAGUACAUCAGGGAUUGUGAAGAGUCUGAAUGUGUGGGAAACUAAGAGGCCAACUUUAGUGCUGCCUGAAGGUUGUAGUAGGGACCUGGAGCAAAGCGGGGAAGGCUGUCGUUGGUCCACAUUCGGGUUAAGUAGCAAAGGACUAUACUUAGUAAUAAGACUUUGAGGAAGCUGAAGGAUGUUAUGUGUUUACCCUAGUGAAUAAACACAACUAUUUAUUUCCUGUUAAACUGUGUUGAGUUGCAUGCCUAUUCGUUAAGUGCCUAGCUGAGAGUUGCAACAAUUGGUGUCAGAAGUGGGAUUAUAGACAACUCAACAAGAGGAGGUAGGCUUUGAUUACAAUGACAUAUUUGAAGCUAUUACAUCAGCUCUCAAUUAAAGAGAUAAGACGAGCUUCGGGACCGAGGUUUAAAAUCCCUAGGUAGCAGGGAAACGCUCACGGCUCAUCUGCGGCAAGCCCUGAUCAAUGAAGAAGAAGAUCCGGAGACCUACACAAUUGAAAUUGAACUUGGGAUUGUUGAGUUCAUUGGCAAGAUCCAGGACUUUGUGGAUGCAUUUGAUGAACAACUGAACAUGAUUGGGAACAUGAUGAGAAACAUGAGCAGGAACAUAAUGUUGAACAAAGUUGAUAAAAGUGUAUUGCAAGUAGAAGGCCAAAUAGACCAAAGUGAUAAAAUUGUGUCGCAAGCAAAAGGAGGAAUAAACUCGUUAGGGAAGGAGCAGUUACCUGGUCAGGACUGUGGCUGCACAAACAGUGGUGAUGGAGGCGCUGGGGAUUGGAGCGCUGUCUGUGACUGUGUUGUGGGCAAGUCUGAUGGGGAUGACUUUCAGGGUGAGAAACGUCACAACGAUUGCUGCAACGAUCUCAAUGGGAUGUGCCAAUUCGAAAGGAGAGAGACAAAUGAAGAAACAAGAGAAGUCUGUUAUGUGCCUGAAACUUUUGUUCCAGGUAUACCUGCAACGAGCAGGACAGAUCAAGACAACGUUGGGUCUGCGACCAAGCUGGCUGCUAUGGACCUUAAAGGCCUCUGUUUAUCUGUCAGUAUCUUUGAUGAGAACUCAUACCAUGAAAGCCUCAAGACCGUUUCUGAUUCCUUGCCUUGGAUGUCGGGUGAUAUUGCGAAUACGGGCCCCAACAAUGGCCGAGGCAGAAACAACGAAUUGGACUUUGGCAGCGGCAUAAGAGAGAACUCCUUACUUGGCAACUGCAUCCAGGCGAUUGACAUGAACUGUAUAUGCGGCGUCCUGCGGGGACAGUGCCCAUGCCAAGAAACCCAGCUACAAGACCUGAACUUGACAGAAAUGUGUACUUCUGCACACAUCAGUGAGAGUGACUUGAACGGUGGUGAAUUAAUCCCAACGAAACCUGAUGUAGCGGUGGAUGAACAUUACAAGGAUGCUUCAUGGGCAUACCUUACAGAUGAAGCUGAGAAAGACUAUGUGCUUGAAACCAUGGCUAGCUGUGAGCCUACAGCUGUGUCACGACACGUCCAUGGAAAAGGUCCGCUGACUCAGCGUCUUAGAACAACAACCCUGGAAUCUACGGUGAUUGCCACAACCUCCAUUUGUGUUACGUGGCUGGCAACCCUAACCUCCAGUAACUCUCCCUGUGUCAGCCGGCUGGCAUCAGUGACUAUCAUCAUGAGAUCGAAGCAGCGACCACAAUAUCGUCUCAAGCAUAGACUGGCCAACUGGAAGAAGAGGAAGCGACGACCAUGGAAAACCGUGCAGAUGGCUUCAAUGGCAACAGGCACCCUACCGUCUGUGGUUCCCACCAAUCGACCUCCACCUAAACUGUCAACCCUCCACUGCACUGUUUCUUUUUGGGACGAAAAGCUCUAAGAAGGGGGCAAUGUUAUAACUCUGCCAUGCGCGCCGCCAUCCAGGCUAGUGCUAGAAGGUGCGCACUGUGAUAGACUAGACCUAAAAGGAUGUCAACAAUAGAGAGGAGAACGAUUUCCGCCGAAGUUGAGAGCCGAAGUGAAAAGACUGUGCCUAAGAAAGAUGAUGUUUUAUGAACUUGUGAUGUCGUGUAAAUAAAGAUAUAUGUGCCUCGUUGAGUUGGCUCAGUUAAGUUAUUACAAUAUAAUAUGUAAUAAACUAUUUUCAUAAUUAAUCAUUUUAAAUGAACAUUUUUUUACAUCUUUCAUUUUAUAAUUUUUGUAAUUUUACUUUUGAGGCAUUUCAGUGGACAAUACUCCGUUUGUUUACAAAUGGUGUCCUAGUUUGCGUCUGUUAAGUCCAAAAAGAUUUUAGUGAUAUUUUGUUAAAGAUUUUACAGUGUCAGAUAAUAUUAGCUACAUCUAAAAGAAAUAAAGCGGUACUGUUUAAGAAAUAUUAAAUAAUUAAAAUUUACUUAUUACAGUAAAUAAGAUUUAGAUCUAUUUGAUUUUUCGUUUGAGGCGCAUCUCGGACACUUGUCUUUAAAACUUUUAAGAACUAAACUAUAGAUCUAGACCUCUAGAUUUACUCUAGGACUAGAUCUAGAUCUAAUUAUGUAAUUCAUUAUCUAGAUUUACUCUAGAUCUAGACCUAGAGUAGAGUACAAGAGUCUUGGAAGGUGUUCAAACUUCAGAAACAAAAUGUAGUGCAAUCUCAGUCAAAUCUUGAAGACUCUUUGGAUGUCAGUCCCAUAUAAAUAUGCUCUAAUUCAAAGGCCCAAACAAUUUCCUUCACUAAUCAAAAGUACAUUUUAAAUAGCUUUGAGGUUGUCAAGUAUGGGUAAAUAUUCUAUUCAGGAGUUGUGAUAGAAGUCCUCGAUGAUCAGCGCAGAAAUAAUUUUUUAAAAAGUCAUAGAAAUAAAAGAAAUAUAAUAUUUGUAUAUCCAGAAGUGCAGGACAUACAGUUAGUGUAUGCAGACAUAAUUGUUACUGAAGUGAUGUUGAUACCAAAUGGCAAUAGUUUGAGAGUGGAAGGUUUUGAUUUCUGAAUUUGUCAAAUAAAAUUUUUGUAGUUUU